AUGGAGGAGCCGUGGAAUGCACAAAGAAGCGUUAUCGGCUCGAUAACGCGCGUCCUCGACAAUGUGAAGAAACUCGGGAAGAACAACUAUACUCCGGCGAUGUUGAAAAAUCGCAUGGCCAUUCUACAGGACUACUGGAAGGACUGUCAACGGUUGAAUGCGAAGAUCGAAACGACCGCUACCAAGGAGGAACGUAACAGCCAUGAGUACUUCGUCAACCAAAUGUUUCUUCGUGCAGAGGACAGCUAUAUCAACACGAGCGACUACUUAGCCUCUUGGAUAGAUAAGUUUACAAAAUCUCUUCCCACUAAUAAUGGCUCUGCCGAGGCUUCGGUAUCGGAGCAACCGCAUUUUGCAAUACAGUUACCUCGCAUUGUGUUGCCUAAAUUUUCCGGCGACUACACGGACUGGGAAAACUUCAAAGAUAUAUUCGAGUCACUCGUUGUAAAUAAUGAUAAUCUAAGUAACGUUCAACGAUUACAUUACUUAAAGGCUAGUUUAAUAGACGAUGCUAAACUAGUCCUAAAAAAU